AGUGAUGUAUGGGUUUGACGGCAGGGGGGAGGUUUCGUCAUGGCUUCCUCCUCGACAUAAAUAAAGAGAAACGCUAUUUGUGAGCGGCAGCAGCAGAACAGGAAGCAGAGAGGCGACCGCAGAGGAGUCUGCUGCACUUCAACAGCCAUAGAGAGAUGUCUUCCCAAACACAGAGACUCCGCUAGCAAACUAGAGGAAGCUAAAAGACAUCCACAUCUUACUAAACGGAGCUCGGGAAGGCGAGAAAUGGAGAAACAGCAGCAUUCGUCGGGUUCAGAGAGUCCGGUGCUGCCGCCUGUCCCGCGUAAACCGAGGAGCCUCGGAGGAGUCAUCCCUGCACCUCGUCAAGACAGCGUGGAUCUACCAGACAGUCCUACUGGAUCUCAUGUGGAGUGGUGUAAACAGCUGAUAGCAGCCACUAUCUCCAGCCAGAUCUCUGGUGGUAGUGUCCCCCCAGAAGCCAUUACUCGUGAAUACAAGGUUGGGAAGAAGAUAGAUUUCAAGGUAUCCAGGAGGACAAAUCUGAGGUCUCAGGACUCUGGUGAAGAUGGCUGUCAGUUUGACAGUGACUAUGAACUGCCAUCUCACACUACGCAGGCUUUCAAGGAUGUGCGAAGGCAGGCACCCAUGGAUGAAGUCCCACUGGUCCCUGGAGAGACAGUCAAAACCACUGUUAAAGAUGUGAUGUAUAUCUGUCCUUUCACUGGAGCUGUGACCGGCACACUCACAGUCACAGACUACAAACUCUACUUUGUCAGUCUAGAACGAGAUGCUCCUUACAUAUUGGAUGUGAACCUGGGUGCCAUCAGCAGGUUGGAGACUAUCAGUGUCCAGAGUCUUGGGGAGAAUACUAGUGGCAUGGAGAUCGUCUGUAAGGAUAUGAGGAGUCAGAGGUUUGCUUAUAAAAAGGAAGAACAGAGUAACCUGGAGAUUUUGGAGGUGUUGACCAAGUAUGCCUUCCCCUUGUCCAAUGAGUUGUCACUAUUCGCCUUCCAAUACAAAGAGCAGUUUCCAGAGGAUGGAUGGAAGGUUUAUGAUCCAGUGUCCGAAUAUAAAAGAAUGGGUUUGCCAAAUGAGAGCUGGACCAUCAGUAAGAUCAACAGUAAUUAUGAAGUGUGUGACACUUACCCUGCUCUGCUCGUCACCCCAACCAGUAUUAAAGAGGAUGAGAUCAAACGAGUGGCCUCUUUCAGAGUAAAACAUCGCAUACCAGUCCUCUCAUGGAUCCACCCAGAAACUCAGGCCACUAUAGUUCGCUGUAGUCAGCCUAUGGUGGGCCCGACAGACCGCCGGUGUAAGGAGGAUGAGCAUUACCUCCAGACCAUCAUAGAUGCCAAUGCACAGUCCCAUAAACUCACCAUAUUUGAUGCUCGACAGAGUAUUGUUGCUGAAAAUCACAAGGCUAAGGAUGGAGGUUUUGAGAAUGAAAAUUUCUAUUCUAACAUGGACCUGAAUUUCCUGGAUAUCCCAAACAUUCACGUUAUGAGAGAGUCUCUGCGUAAGCUGAAGGAGGUGGUCUACCCUACCAUCGACGAACCCCACUGGCAUUCAGCCAUAGAUGCCACACACUGGCUGCAGUACAUACGGCUUUUGCUUGCGGGUGCGGUGAAGAUUGCAGAUAAGGUUGAGUCGAGUAAGAGCUCUGUGGUGGUGCACUGCAGUGACGGCUGGGACCGCACGGCUCAGCUCACCUCUCUGUCCAUGCUGAUGCUGGAUUCAUACUACAGGACUCUCAGGGGCUUCCAGGUGCUGCUGGAGAAAGAAUGGAUCAGCUUCGGACACAAGUUUGCUGCGCGUGUUGGUCAUGGAGAUGAAAAUCAUGCAAACUCCGAGCGCUCGCCUCUAUUUGUGCAGUUCAUAGACUGUGUUUGGCAGAUGAUGAGACAGUUUCCCACUGCCUUUGAGUUUAAUGAGCUCUUCCUCAUCACUAUCCUGGAUCACCUCUACAGCUGUCUGUUUGGUACAUUCCUUUACAACAGCGAACAGGAGCGAGUGGAAAAUGAAGUGAACAGUAAAACAGUGUCUUUAUGGUCCUACGUCAAUAGCCAGCCAGAGGACUUCACCAACCCCUUCUAUGUGGACUAUGAAAACCAUGUUCUGUACCCUGUGGCCAGUCUCAGACAUUUGGAGCUCUGGGUUGGAUACUACGUACGCUGGAACCCCCGCAUGAGACCACAGAUGCCUGUGCACCAGAACUUGAAGGAGCUGCUGUAUCUUCGUGCAGAGCUACAGAGGAAGGUGGAGGAGUUACAGAAAGAAGCAUCUUCAUCACACUCUAUAUCCUCUUCAUCAGAGCAUGCAUAUUCUCCUUCAAAUGGCGGUACACCACUACACACCUCUGUGUAAAUUAGAGAAUUUUUCAUUAACAGAAUGUGUGGAAGGAAUCUAUAGGUUACAGUAAACAUAGGUAUGUGAAGUCUAUAUCUAUUGGUCGUUUCUCACUGGAUAAUAAUGCUUUGGGCAGGAUGUAUAGAGGCCCAACACAUACACUUGUGUAAACUAGCAUGAACACCCAAAAAAGGGUCUCAAAAAAAUAGUGUCUCCCACACAAUUCAGGUUCAGUUGAGUUGUUUGGAGCUGCUCUUAAAGACUGAUAACCAGGAAAGCGUUUGAUCGUAAUUAAGUUUAUGAAAAGUUUAUGGCCAGUAUUUGACUUGUAAUUAUUGACAUAAUUUUAAUAAUUUAUUUGUGUGUAGUCAGGGUAAAAUGAGCAUCUUUUUCUAUUUCACAGCAUUUCUGUGCUUUUUCUGUAGUUUUUUUGUGUAAGAUUUUUGCUUUACUGCCUCAGCAUUGCCUGCCUUUAUGCCAAUACCAGACCAACCUUUUAACUGUUCACUCAAAAAAUAUUAUUCCUCUAUCUAUAAGCUUGUGUUCCUAUUGUGUCUUAUGUUCCAUAAGCAAUGGGGUUUUGAAUUGCUAUUGCUUUUGCGAUACUGCCAAUUUGAAACCACAUACUGUUUUUGUUUUUCUUUAGCACUUGUUUGUAUGAAAGUGGAAUUAGGUUUUAAUGUGCAUACCCUACUACUGCACUACUACUGUACUUUCACGUACUACUGAAAUGUAUGUUUACACAAGGUAAAGGGACCAUCUGAUAUAUAUGUAUAUAUCAACUCAUGAUUGAUUAAGCAAGUGCAAAUAUCUUGUUUU